CCUUUCACAACCAUACAUGGCUCUAAAACUGGACAUUAGUAAAGCUUUUGAUAAAGUAGAGUGGAGAUUCGUAAAGGCUAUUAUGAGGAAACUAGGCUUUACAGAUGAAUGGUGCAAGUGGAUAAUGAAAUAUAUAGCUAGUUUCUCUUAUUCAAUUCUGAUAAACGGGAAUCCAGUAGGUCUCAUCCAUCCAAAGAGAGGCAUUAGACAAGACGAUUCUCUUCUAUUCUGUAAAACUACUGAAGAUGAAUGUGAGGAGAUAAUCCAAAUCCUGAAGAUAUAUGAAAAAGCUACAGGAAAAGAAACUCUCCUCAAAGCAAUCGCAAUAGCCAUCCCGGCAUAUAGCAUGUCAUGCUUUCUCCUCCCCAAAAGAGCUAUUGAUCAAAUGACCAGAGCCAUGAGAAGAUUCUGGUGGUCCAGUACUAAGGAAAAACACAGAAUCUCAUGGAUUGCUUGGCCCAAAAUAACAAACUCAAAAAAACAAGGAGGAUUAGGCAUAAGAGAUUUGAGAGACUUCAAUAUUGCCCUGGUGGCAAAACAAAGCUGGAGAAUAGUACAAAAUCCACAAUCCCUCCUGGAAAGAGUUUUCAAAGCCAAGUACUUCCCCAAAACUGAGCUGCUUCAAGCCAAAGCAAGGGCCAAUUCUAGCCAUGCGUGGAAGAGCAUUAUCAAAGUUGAUGAAGAUCUUGAGAUUAUCAAGAAAGUGCGUCCAGCAGCGACGAACACAAGAGACUUCGCCACAUGGAUCCAUACAAAAGAUGGCUAUUACUCAGUAAAAUCAUGUUACAACCUUCUCAGAAACUCUUUCACACAAGCUAACUCAAACCCACAGAGUAACGAGAAUUGUAACCAGCAAAAAGAAAUAUUAAAAAAUAUAUGGAAACUAAACUCCCCUCCAAAAAUAAAACACUUUUGGUGGAGAGUUAUACACAAUGCUCUCCCUGUUGCAGAAAAUUUACGCAGAAGGAAAAUUCAGAUUGAGGAUACCUGCCAAAGAUGUGGAGAGGAAUCAGAAACAGUUAACCAUAUGCUCUUCCAUUGUCGCAUCAGUAAAGAGAUAUGGAACCUUGCUCCCACACCAGUGAACUCAGACGCAUCAUGGACUUCCUCAGAAGAAAAUGCGGGAAUAGGAUGGGCACUAUACAACAAAGAAGCAAAACUUGUGCUGCAUGGCAAGGCAGCUAUUGAACCGAUUGACUCACCACUUGAAGCAGAAGCCGAAGCAUUACUUAUGGCCAUCUCCCAAAUCAAAAGACUAGGCUUCAACCCAGUAACAUUUUGUGGUGAUUCAGCCGUGCUCUACAAGCAACUUCCACAGCACAAAGAGAUUCCUAUGGUUCAAAAACCAAUGAGUCUAUCAUGUCCAACAUACAUCGAAGACAUUGGUAACCUUAUCAAUGAUGAAAAAGCUAGCUUCAGCUUUCAAAAAGUCCCUAGAUCUUGUAAUACUCAAGCUGAUAAUUUAGCUAGAGAAGGUAGAAUGAAAAAUUUAAACCAUGUAGUUUGCUGGAAUCUUGUAUAAAAAAAAAUACAUAAUUAGACAAAUACAGGAAUAUGUCAAUCUAUAAAUAUUAUUUCCAAAGACUUUUGUUU